GAGGCUAUAUAACAAACAAAGGUACAAAAAGGGAAAAGAUUCCGUUCUUGCUUUCCAAGUCAUCUCCACUUUGUCCUAGCACAAAGUCAUGGAAGUGCAUUACCUUUUGGUAGACUCGUCUUCAUCUGCCAUGGCUUCCUUCGAGAGAGAAUGCAGAGAGAUCCACGAAUCUUGCGGAAGAAAAGCCGAUUUGAUUCGAUCUUUGGCCGCGAGAACGAAGAUCGAACGCAAGCAGAUCCGAGACACCUACAAGAAAAUGUACGGUCAAGAUUUGGCAAACGUUCUUCUCCUUCAAAAGAACAGGGAAGAUGACACGAUCUCGCAUGCAUUGUGGCUGUGGAUGCUUGAACCACACGCCCGUGACGCCGUGAUAGCCCGAGAGGCCCUUGACCGAGCCGGAGAUAUCGAUUUCAAGGCCCUCGUAGAGAUAUUCUCGGGUCGGAAAUCGAAUCAUAUCGAUAUGAUCAGACAAGUGUAUCAAGAACGGUACAAGAGGAACAUUGAUCAAGACAUCGUCAACAUUGAACCUCCACACCCUUAUCAAAAGAUUCUACUGGCACUGGCAGCUUCUCACAAGGGCCACGAAGCGGAAGUGAGCGAACACAUAGCGAAAUGCGACGCGAAGAGGCUCUACGAGAGCGGGGAAGGAAGAAGAGGAGCCGUAGACGAAGCCGUCGUGGUGGAGAUCUUCACCAAACGAAGCAUUCCUCAGCUAAAACUCAACUUCUCCUUCUACAAACACAUCUACGGACAUGGUUAUGCUCAGUGGCUGAAGAAGGAAAAUCAUACGGAAUUUAAGGAGGCUGAGCUGCACGGGAGCAUAAGAGGAUUCGACAACAAGAAAGCAGAUGUAACACGGACCAUGGUGAGCAGGGGAGACAUAGACAUGGGUGAUAUCAAGAGAGAAUUCACAAGGAAAUACGGUGUUGGGUUAAAAGAUUCGAUUUCUGAGAAUAUUCACUGUGGUUUCUACAAAGACUUUCUCCUUGCUUUGGCCUCUAAUUGA